AUGGGCAAUUGUUGCAAAUAAACUGGUUAAAAGAAUUUCUCUUCAAUUCAACUUAAUGACCUCUUACAAAGAAAAUCUCUGCUUCUUGAGUAAUUGGAACAACUUUAAAAUCCAGUUUAUAAUCAGACUUCUCUUUAGCUAAAGAUGAUAACUUGGAUUAAGGAUUCUCAUGAUCUUUUUGAUUAUGAGAACUCCAAUCGAAUAGCUUAAUCUCUGACAAUCAAUUCCUCUAUUAAAUUGUAUAGAGAUAAAACUAGUGGGAAAAUCUAAUCGGCUUAGUAGGGGAAAACACUGAUCAGAAUUGAAAAUAGACAGAAUUGUUUUUGGAUUGAGCCAAGACUAACAAAAAGCGAUGAUCAUCAUGUUUGGUUGGUUAUAAAAUCAAUUUAAUAAUAAGAGAAUGGUGUGAAAUUACAAUAUAAUGAUGUGAUAAGAGUGGGGAAGGUUGAAAUAAAAUUGAAGGAACUUCAUUUCGAUGUGGGUGAGAGAAAACUAGAUGAAAGAGAGACAAUUCUCAGUUAGAGUAUGGAUGAACAACGGUGUCGAAUUUGUCUAUUGAGUUCUGAAAGCCUGGAUGAUCCAAAGAUUGAGCCAUGUAAUUGUUCUGGAACUAUGGCUUUGAUUCAUUUGAGGUGUUUAUAACAUUGGAUUGUAACUAAAUACAACAUGGAAAAUAGUAACACCAUAGUAUUUUUGUGGGAUUAGAUGAAAUGUGAAUUGUGUAAAAGUAAUUUUAAGAGAAAAUUGCAACUCAAUGGUCAAGAAGUUGAUUUGGUGGAAUUAAGUAAGAGAUAAUUCCAGAGUUAUGCAGUAUUGGAAAUGAAGAAGCCAUUGAUAAAAUCAAAGGAAAGAUUGACAUAUAUUCUCAAUUUGGAAAAACUUGAGUAAUUCAAGAUUGGAAGAGCCAACGAUAAUCACAUUCGUUUAUGCGAUAUUAGUGUGAGCAGGUUUCAUUGCAAAUUAAUAUUGCACAAAUAAGAGUUUUAUAUAUAAGAUAACAAUUCUAAAUUUGGCACUCUCCUUAAGUUGAAGUAAUCGAUGCCGUUGUUGAAGGAGUUUUAGAACGUACAAGUUUAGGUUGGACGAACGUUGUUUGAAUUCGAGAACGUAAGCAACGGUUACUCCAAAUGA